AUGAUAAUCGAAAAUAAUAACAAUAAUAAUAAUAAUAACAAUAAUAAUAACAACAACAAUAAUAAUAAUAAUAACCAAAAUAUUAAUAUUGGUCGUAGAAAUACACCAAGUAGUGUCACAUCAACACCAAGAUCAACAGUAAAUAACCAUGGUAAAAAUAAUAAUGAUUCGACAGACCAAUUAACAGAGUUAAAACUAGCAUUAAUAAAUAGAUCAAAGGUUGCAAUAGAGUUAACACAAAAUAGAUUAAAUAGAUCCCCUGUUUCACGUAUUUGCAAAGAUAUUUAUGACCAUAUAACGAUGACAGAGGAGCCAUUUGGAUCUGAACAUCAAAAUCCAUGGAAAAAAUCAGCAGCAACUAGUUUAUUACAACAAAAUAAUACAAGAACAGUUGGAAAUGCUAAAACUUAUAAUGAAUACAAAACAGAGCUUAGUAGCGUUAUUGCAUUUGGUUUACCAGGAUCCAAAUGUGACGAGUUAUUAUUUAAUAUCAAGAAAAGUGAUAAGAUUCCAGAGGUGGAAAGAGCACAUUACCAAAGCUAUUUUAUUGAUCUAGCUGUUUGUGUAUUAAGAAUCAUAUUAAAAUAUAAUAUUAUCAAUGCAAUUCCAUUCCAAAAUAAAAGUAAUAGUAUAGAAAACGCACAUAAAAUUUUAAAAGUUAAAGAUGACACUUUUAAUAAAAGACCAUUACCAUCGAAUGUUUUAAAUGAAUUGAAAUCAUUUUGGAAUGACCCAGCAAUUGUAACAACUUAUUCCCAUCAAAGAGAAUCAUUAUUACCAAAAUAUUUAUUAGAUGCUAUUAACCAAUUUAAUAUUUGUGCAAGAGUAUUUGGUGGUACUUUUAAAAAAUUAGAGGAGGGAGAGAUUUUACAAUUAAUUCAUAAUCCAUUAGAAAAUUGUUUACCAGAAUAUGCUUUAACAGAUUUAAGAAUAUUAGAUAUUUCAUCAUUAAAAAUUGAAAAUAUUGAAAAUUGGAUUUCGGAUUUUACAGAUACAAAAUCAUUUGUUUGGGUUUGUUCAUUAGCAUCAUUUGAUUCAGUUGAGGAUCAAAAUAGAAGAUUACCAACAAUUAAAUCGACACGUAUUUUACCAAGAACCAAAUCAACAACAAACUUUAAAAAGAGUGGUGGAAAUGUUAAUAAUGCUGGUUCAUUGUCACCAAGUUUAAACGGUACCAAUGGAAGUAAUGGUAAUAUUUCAAUUCACAAUAGUGGUGGAUCAAUACCCAAUAACAGUGGAAGCAAUAAUCAAUUGGUAAAUAGUAAUAGUAAUACAUCACUUAGUUCAGUUAAUGAAGAUUCAAAUAUAUCAGUCGAGCAAAUCUCUGAAGCUCUUAGUAACAACUCAUUAAUUAGAUCGGUAGAAUUGUUUAGAUAUUUCACAAGAUUCAUCAAGAGACCAGCAAUAUUAUUCUUUACAGAUAAAGACCAGUUUUUAGAAAAAAUUAAAAAAGGUGUUGAUUUUAGACAAUAUUUCCCAGAAUAUAAAGGUAACCCAAAAGAAUCCUCAGCAGUUUUCGAUUUUAUUAAACAACUUUUCACACCUGUAAAUGGUAUUAGUGGCCAUACUACUGUUCACACAUCAACUCUAAAUGCUUUAGAAGACUUGAAAGUAAUUUCUGCAACAAUUUUUGCAAUUGUUGCCCAAGAAUCAAUUGACAUUUUAAUUUAA